GUUGUUUUGGACUGAACAGCCCAUUUGUACAAUAAACAUACAUAGCGUCUUCUUCAAUUUAUUAGGGUUUUUUCUUCCAAAUUACCUUCAAAUCACUCGCUUCUGUCAAAUCAACAACUAAUUGAUAUAAACAACUAAAAAUGGCAUCAUUGAAAGAAAUCCUAACACGGCGGCCUGUGGCUGCAACCGUCAGGCUAACCAUCCCAGCCGGCGGUGCAAGGCCCGGGCCACCUGUGGGUCCAGCUGUAGGUCAAUACAAGGUUAACUUAAUGGCGUUCUGUAAGGACUUUAAUGCCAGGACUCAAAAGUACAAACCCGAUGCUCCCAUUGCUGCAACGGUUACAGUGUUUAAGGACAACACGUUUGAGUUAACUGUUCGGUCUCCUUCCGUGACUUGGUAUUUGAAAAGGGCGGCCGGGAUUGAGUCUGGCAGUGGACGGGCUGGACAUGUUGUUGCGUCGACUUUAAGUUUGAAACAUAUCUAUGAAAUUGCUAAGGUGAAGCAGUCUGAUCCUUAUUGUCAGUAUAUGUCGUUGGAGGCCAUUUCUAAAUCCAUUAUAGGUACUGCUAAUUCUAUGGGAAUUAAAGUUGAGAAGGAGUUGGCUUGAAUGUUCAUUUAUAAUAUGUUCCGUUUUGUAGACUAGUCGUUUAUGUCAUCUGGUUGUUAGUGUUUGAAAUUUGCUUUGUUUAGAUGCAAAAAAUCUUCAUUCAUAUAUGAAGUUAAUUCACGGUUUUCUUGUGAUAAACUUUGGAAGGCAAUCUCCUUUUUUAUAGUUCCCAAUUACUUGUCUCUCUAUUCAAGAUAUUGAUGUAAACCUUAUAUGAUUUCA